GCGAGGACCCGUGUUUCGGGAACAAAGAGAUCAGCGGCCAUGAUGAAAUGAAGGAGGAACCGGUGGAGGAAGAGAGGGGGGGCAGAGGGAGGGGGAGGGGAAGGGAUGGUGGGUUCAAGUUUCGAUGAUGGAGAUAUAUCAAUCAUGGAUGAUGCAGUGGAAGAGAUCCGCUCUGGAACUGGGCCGAGCGAUAGGCGAGCACCCGGUCUGUGCUGUCCUUCUCUCGUGCUUUAUUGGAGUUCACGAAAAUUUCUCACUCAUGAAGAUGACUCGAGCGAGACAAGCAGACUUCGCCCCCCCCCCCCCCCCCGGCCUCGUCCUUCCCAAGAGCCAUGCAGUCAGCAGAAGUCAGGAUGAAGAUGAGGUGCACGUUCAUGAAUGCUUACUUCCGUUCAUGGAUAACCCCUUUUCAAUUGGAAAGGAGAUACUCAAUCCUCAAAAGUCGUGUUGUCGGCUCUUGAUCUUCUGUCAGACCAUUCCUUAAGGUCCAUGCCGUCGCACUGACUCGGCACGGUCCAAUGAGACCCGCAGCUAAGAAUAACCCUCGACCGGUCCAGACACUUCUAUUG